CUUCAUCCACAUAAAAUCCCAGGCUGCCAUUGGAGAGCCCAUUGGCAAGAGCGAACAGGACGCAGACGCAGGAGAUAUCGCAGGAAGGCUCCCGACGAACGCAGUGUCCAUCACUUCAGCUCAUGUAACCAGACAGCGUAUGUUGGAGGCAGUUAUUUAACAAAAUCAACUUCGUUAUAAAAAAAGAGACAAAAGAAGGCGAGAAAAUGGGACAUACUGCAAUAUUGAUAGCUGUAUUGUCCUACUGCGUGUUGGAAAACGUCGAGGCUCUGGCAAUGACCGAGGUGAACGGGCCAGGCCUCCAGGUGGCAGAGCCGCAGAUUGCCAUGUUCUGUGGCCGUCAGCUCCUGCACAUGAACCUACAGACUGGCCAGUGGGAGCCGGAUCCUCAGGGCCGUCCGGGCUGCUUCAAAGAGCCUGGUGAAAUCCUGUCCUACUGUCAAGAGAUGUACCCAGCACUUCCGAUCUCCCAUAUAGAGGAGUCAAAAAGACCUGUCACCAUCCCCGCCUGGUGUAAGAAAGGUUGGGGCCACUGCCAGACACACCCCUUCAUAGUCCUACCCUACCGCUGUCUAGAGGGCGAGUAUGUGAGCGAGGCCCUGCUGGUGCCCGACCGAUGCCGUUUCCUCCACCAGGAGCAGAUGGAUGCUUGUGAGAGUUACGUGUACUGGCACAACAUUGCUAAGGAGGAAUGCACUGCAGACAAUCUGGAGCUCCACAGCUACGGGAUGCUGUUGCCGUGUGGAGACCAUUUCCGCGGGGUCGAGUAUGUGUGCUGCCCAGGCCGAGGCAGUUCAGGCGGUAAAGGAGAGACGGAGGAAAGAGAAGUCCCUGCUGGUCCGCAGACUCUCACAUCCCAGACCAGUGAAAAACUCAACUCUGUCACCAAAGUGACAGCCCCCACUCCGAGCCCCUCUCCUGACACAGAUGUGGACGAGGCCGAUAUGGAAGAGGAGGAUGAUGAAGUGGUGGAAGAGGAGGGGGAGGAGGAAGAGGAAGAGGAGGAGGAGGAAGUUGAUGAGGAGGAGGUAGAAGAAGAGGAAGAGGAGGCCAUUCCUGUUAAAGAUCCAGAGGAGUAUGAAUACCCCAUUGACCCCUACCAGACAUCAGACUAUCUGGACUCUUUCUACUACAAGAAAGGCCAUAAACCCACCACCUCUGCACCUCUGAUGAAGGGAGACAUCUUGACUACACCUCGGCCCACAGAUGGCGUUGACGUUUAUUUCGAGAAGCCAGUGGAUGACACUGAGCAUGCCAACUUCCUGCGUGCCAAAACAGACCUGGAAGAGCGCAGAAUGAAGCGCAUCAAUGAGAUCAUGAAGGAAUGGGCAGAGGCAGACAACCAGUCAAAGAAUCUGCCAAAGUCAGAGCGACAGGCCCUGAAUGAGCACUUCCAGUCUGUGCUGCAAACGCUGGAGGAACAGGUCGCUGGAGAGAGACAGAGGCUGGUGGAGACUCAUCUUGCCAGAGUAGAGGCCAUACUUAACAACAACCGCCGCCUGGCCCUGGAGAACUACCUCACUGCCGUACAGUCUGAUCCCCCUCAGCCAGAGCGCGUGCUGCAGGCUCUGAAGCGAUACAUGAACGCAGAGCAGAAGGACCGCAGACACACACUCCGGCAUUACCAGCAUAUUGUGGCUGUCGACCCCCAGAAGGCUGAGCAGAUGAAAUUCCAGGUGUACACACAUCUCCAUGUAAUUGAAGAGAGGAUGAACCAGAGUCUUGCACUGCUGUACAAGGACCCUACCUUGGCUGAGGAGCUGCACAAUGAUAUCCAGGAGCUGGUCAAGGCAGAAAGAGGAGACAUCAGUGAGCUCAUGACCACCUCCUUCUCCGAGACCCGCACGACUGAGGAGCUUCUGCCGGCUGAGAGCGAGGAGGAAAAGGAUGAUGAAGAGGAAGAGGAGAGAGCCUUCCAGAACAGGCCUUAUCCUCCGCGCAUUGAACUGCAGUCUAAUAAGAAAGUGUCUGCAGUCGAUGAAUAUGACUAUACCACAUCUGAGAGAGGCCCUACUUAUGAAUAUGAGGAAAAGAUCAACACCUCUGUGGAGCUCAAACAGGUAGUCAACAAGCCUCCUGAGAUUGAGAGAGACGAACUGCAACCCGAUGCCUUGGAGACGUUUAACCGUGGCGCCAUUGUGGGGUUGCUCGUGGUGGCCAUGGCGAUUGCCAUGGUGAUGGUAAUCAGCUUGCUGCUGGUGCGCAGAAAGCCAUACGGCACUAUCAGUCAUGGCAUCGUAGAGCAGGUUGACCCCAUGCUGACGCCAGAGGAACGACAGCUCAACAAAAUGCAAAACCAUGGCUAUGAAAACCCUACCUACAAAUUCUUUGAACAGAUGAACUGAGGUACUGGGGCUGCCAACAAGUCAUGCCUGACCACUUGUUUUGUCGUCCCCCUCCCCCACCACCCCCACUCUUCCUUACAGUGGUGUCCCAGCUACACUCCCUUUGACGGAUUUAUGAUAUGUUGCAAACAUGAAAUAACUGAAUAAGUAUGGGGAACCUAUUGUAAAUGACCAAAACAACCUGUCAUCACUACUAGAAUGUGAAUAAUGACAUAUGAUACAAACUUGCAUCACCUAUUAUAAACUAAUACUCCUAGUCUGAGUAGAGGGGUAGAGUCUGAGGAUUGUUCUUACCAUUAGCGGUGCCACAGCGUUUCAUAAUCCUGAAAACAUUCACCUCAUAGACAGGAACACCAUCCCAGUGGCAUGACUUGACCCAUUGCUCCUCACUAGAUGUGAAGUUGAACGGUACAUAAUGCUUUAUAGUAUUUAUUUUUUAGUAGUAGACUCUUUCGUUCAAAUUGUAUCGCAGAUAUGAUGUAUCUGUGUAGAUGAGUGUGAGUGACAGCCUAGUUAAAUGAUGGUGUAAUUCUCAAUUUGAAACCCACUCAGUGAUAAAAGGUCAAUUACGAAGUUCUUGUCAAGCUGUCCUUAUCUCCAUGAGCUACUGUAACAUUGGACAAUACCUCUAAUAUUCGGACAUGAACAUUAAGUGAGGAUGUGGAGGUGUUUACUUUGAAUGUGUGAGACAUUUAGGUUUUCAUUUUAAAACAUACAGAACUAUGUUCUGGUACAAAAAGCAUCAUGUUUUUUAAUUCUAAGGAUCUGCUCUCAUUAUUAUUAUUAAUUAUUUGGCCAAAUAUACCAAAUAUUCCAUUUAGCUAAUUUAGUCAGUGAAUGAGUUUAUUUUAUUUGUACUGCUACCUAAAUAACUGUAAACAGAAUAAUCAGAAGUCUGUUAUGUUAAUGAAAGCAUGACAACUUGGUGUAUGAUACUGCUGUAUUUAUUUGUGUUGUUCUUGUCAUUGCUUUUGAAAAGUUGGAAAUGUCACCGUUCAAAAUGGACACUGUAAAUAACGUAAGAAAUACAUACUACUAGAUGUAGACAUUUCUAUGAUUAAUUUGCAUCGAUGUUAUGGAAUAAUACAUAAACUAGUACAUUGUGCUGUUGCGAGAAGGAGAAACAUUUUCCUAACAUGGCUGAUUGAAAACGGACUGUUGUAAAAACCAGCACAAGACAACGACACAGUAACUUCUUUCUGAAUGUAUUUAAGGUAGACAUUGAGAUUCCAUCUUCUUUUUCAGUAAUGCAUCAUUCCCCUAGUAGACCUAAUAGGAGUAGUGAAGUUCAACACAUCCAACAGACAGAAUACAUGCGUGGCGUCCUUCUCAUCACUUCCUGUAGCAGCCUGUUCAUUUUCACAUUUGGCAGAUGCUUAGGCGUGUUAUAAUGCACAGAGCAGCGGAGUGUAAAAGCCACAGCUAUAGUGAUGUGAAGUGUCAGUGUGUUUAGUAAGACCACACUCAGGCAUGAUAGUAGUAAAACAUGUUGUAUGUCUUUAAAUCUCCCAGUUUGACAAUUUUGGACUCAACAACAUUAAAUGUUAGUACUCUAUAGAUGCUAUAUUUAAGUUACUCUCUUCUUAAAUAGCUUUUCACUGAAUGACUCAUUGUAGUUUGUCAUAUGUAUGAUCAACAUAGUACCUUGUAGGUAAAGAAGAAAGGGAUUGCCCCUUUUUUCUGGCUGAUAACUGCUUAGUGUGUCAGGUAGAAUUUCCUUUAGCCACUUCUAUCAGAACAUCUUGGUUAAGGAAGGUCACAUUGUGGGAUUUUGCUUUUUGUUUAUCAGUCUUUACGUAAAUACGCUAUAGUAGAGAUAAUCCAUACCAAAAUUAGUUCAUAUUUUAUUUAUUUAUUACUGGUGGAAGUUUUCUUUAAAACCCUGCAUUUGUCCAUUCAAUGUAAAAGUUGUUUACUUAUAAGUUGUGUUUUUUUUGUAAAGUUUGCUUUUCAAUAAGCAAAAAAGAGUUUGACUAUCGGAGGUGUGAUUUAACAUUAAUCUUCAGUUUUUUUCGUUAGGCAGGUUAAUUGCAGGUUGCGGUUGUGUUAUGACAGGUGAAGAGAAGUCAUAGCCCUUGUAUAAUUUGUACAGCUACGUAAGUGAAUGAAAACGUAUGUUCACAGUUUAAGUCAGUUGAUCUUGUAAUGAUACUACUGAAACCAUAGAUGAGAAUAAGCUUGCCUGUGUUUCCCAAACCACUGAAGGUUUCCUACCAGCAUUUAGCAGACUUAGAAUGGUGUAUACUGUAGUUAAUCGAAUCACAUUUGUAUGUACGUCCUCUGUCAAAUUCUGGACUUCUUUGUUGGUCUGUCCCCUUACUUCCCGGCGAAAUAUAAACAAUGUUAUUGAGAUUUUAAUUGCUGCAUUAUUGCCUUUUACAAUGCUGUGUUUUGGAUGUAAUUAUUCUGUAUUUUUUAUUUCUAUGUAAUAAUCAGUUGGAUCAAGGGUCAUGCUUUUCACCUGUAAUGUAAAUUUAGAAGCUUGUAUGAGAAAACAUUGACAAGUUUAUAACAUUCAGAAAUAUGAAGUAUAGACAGACAUAUGGCCUCUGCCUAAUUGACAAGGAGUGGCACUAAGCACAAGUAGAAACAAAUUACUCAAUUUGUGUACAGGUUGCUAAAUGUUACACAUUGAUUCUGUCUGUCUGAUUUCAAUUAUACCGCAUUGAUUCAAGGGAUGUUGAUAGCACCAUUGAGAGAGCUGUUCUUCAUUUUCAUUCAGACCUUUAACCAAAGACAUGCUCCACAAAUAAGCAGACAGUUAUUCCUAUUUGGCAAAGAUGUUCUCUGUUGUGUAACUGUAUUUGCAAGCAAUCUGAGAAAUUAAAACUGGUCAAGCUAAUUAAUAGUGUAAUAAAAAUGAAUGACCCAUAA